AUGUUUCCAGGAUCAAGUUUGUUUGAUGAUGAUGAAGUCACUGCAAAACGUAUUAAAUUAGAUUUAAAAGAGGAAAAAGAACAACAACAUGGUUCAAUCUCUAAUUUUCCAAUUCCGUAUGAAAUAAAUGAUUCAGCAGAAACCGAAGAAAAAUUAAUACCAAUUAAUUAUAAUUUUGCUAAACAUGGAAAAGAUUUUAUUUUUCCUUCACAUUCAGACCUCCCACAUAAAUCUGCUUAUUUUCAACAAAAUAUCAAUAAUAAUGCUAAAGCUCCUGUUAAAAAAUUGAUUAUUAAACCACUUAAAGUAAAAUCAUCAUUACCUGCAGAUUAUGAGGAGAAAACGUGGGCAAAACUUGCAAGUGCAAUUCAAGCAAUUUAUAGUUCUAAAUCGGUGAAUGCUGGUCUUGAAGAACUUUAUAAAGCAUGUGAAAAUCUUUGUUUACACAAAUUAUCUAAAUCUCUUUAUCAAAGAUUACGUAUUGAACUUGAAAAACAUAUUUUGUUAGAGGGUAAAAAAAUUCAAAAUAAUCAAAUCAGUGAGAUCAGUUUUCUCAGAUCAAUUGAUAAAAGUUGGAAAGAACAUUGUAAAUAUAUGGUAUUAAUUAGAAGUAUCUUUUUAUAUCUUGAUCGUACAUAUGUACUCCAAACUGGUGGGAUUUUAUCAAUAUGGGAUUUGGGUUUGGAAUUAUUUAGAAAACAUAUUAUGAUAGCAUCUAAUAUACGUAACAAGACUCUAAAUGGAAUAUUAUCACUCAUCAAGCAAGAAAGGAAUGGAGAUGCAGUUGACCAUGCACUAAUUAAAUCAUUAAUUAGGAUGUUCAUUGAUCUUAACAUAUACUAUCACGGAUUUGAAAAUCCAUUUUUGGAAGAGACACGAAGCUAUUUUAUGAUUGAGGGCCAACGUCUGGUCAGCGAAUUUUCUAUACCACAAUACUUAAUUCAUGUUUCAAACCGGUUAUCAAUUGAGAGUGCAAGAGCUGCUGAAUAUUUGGAUAAGAAAACAACGGAUCCUUUACUAAAAGUUAUUGACGAAGAAUUAAUAAUGAAACACGUUGAUACUAUAUUAGAUAAAGGAUUUAUUAAUAUGGUUGACACUGAUGAUAUUGAUUUUCAUAUUGAAGAAUUAAAAAUACUGUAUGGUCUCUUUUUAAGAGUCAAUGCCCUCGAUAAAAUACGAUCGCAUUUUGGUUCUUAUAUAAAGGAAAUUGGUAAACAAAUAGUUAAUGAUACUAAUAAUGAAUUAGAUAUGGUACCAGAAUUGUUAAAAUUAAAAGCAAGAAUGGACUCGAUUGUUAAUGGUCCAUUCCAAAAUAAUUCUAACUUUGUUCAUACUGUAAAAGAAAGUUUUGAACUGUUUAUUAAUCAACGACAAAAUAAACCUGCCGAAUUAAUUGCUAAAUAUGUGGAUCAGAAAUUACGUCAAGGAAAUAAGAGUAUGAAUGAUAAAGAAAUGGAACAUAUGUUAAACGAAGUGUUGAUUUUGUUUCGUUAUAUUCAAGGUAAAGAUAUAUUCGAAGCAUUUUAUAAACGCGAUCUUGCCAAAAGGCUUUUACUAAACAAAAGUGCGUCAUUUGAUUAUGAAAAAAGCAUGCUAACUAAACUAAGGAAAGCAUUUGAAGAAAUGAAAAAAUAUAAAAUUGAUUUUUCUAUGACAAAAUGUCAAGAAAAUUUUAAGGAUUUUUACUUGAGUAAACAUAGCGGUAGAAAUUUAAAAUGGCAAAAUUCAUUAGGACAUUGUAUAAUAUCUGCAAAUUUUCCAAUAUCAAAUAAAGAAUUAGUGGUAAGUUUAUACCAAGCAGUGAUAUUAUUAAUUUAUAAUAAUUAUGAAGAUGUAUCACAACGAGUAACCUAUGAAGAAAUAAAAGCAAUUACAGGAUUGGCAUGCGGGAAAAUACGAGUUCUCGCCAAAUUUCCAAAAGGAAGAGAUGUCAAUAAAACGGACGAAUUUGUUAUUAAUGAAAAAUUUGAUGUUCAAUAUUAUCGUGUCAAGAUCAAUUCGAUCCAAUUGAAAGAAACGUUGGAAGAAGCUAAAGAUACAACGGAACGUGUAUUUCUUGAUCGUCAAUAUCAAGUUGAUGCUGCAUUAGUUCGUAUAAUGAAAAUGAGAAAAUCAUUGACUUACAGUGAAAUUAUUACUGAAUUAUUAAGUCAAUUGAAAUUUAAAGCUAUGCUUCCCGAUAUCAAGAAAAGAAUUGAAUCAUUGAUUAAUCGUGAGUAUUUGAAAAGAGAUCCUGUUGACCCAUCCACAAUUAGAUACUUAGCUUAG